UCCUCUUAUAAAACGCAUACGUUCCAUCAUUAUGUUGUGACUCGUGAGUCAACACAUCGACGACAACAGUUUUAUUUACUCAGAACCAUGAAUUCGCUUAUGACCGUUUUGGUUUUGGGCACGUGCUUGAUGGCUGUGUGCCUCGCAAUGCCACAAGGAACUAAAGAUGGCGCUAUAUUCACAAACGAAGCCAUCAGACAAGCACAGAGUACACAUCUUAUACCGCAAAAUGCUCAGAUUCAGAAAGUUCAAGAAGGCGUAGAAUUGGUCGCAUACGAGUCAAUACCUGGCUCACAGGCCAUCAACCUGUUCGAGAUCCUCGGUGACCACGUACCUCCAGAGGUGGUCAGCAACCUGCAAACUCAAGUCGAUCAAGUUGGAAAACAGUGAAAACGAGAUUAUAUAAUUUAAUUUAGUCUACACGUCAUAAUAUUAUUUUGUUUAAUCUUUCUAAAAUAAGUCUGUGUAAUGUUCUUAUAUUUUCUAAUGCAUAUGUUUCAACAUUGAAUUCUAAUAGGCAUACAUUAUGCAUCUACGUAAUACGGCUCUUAUGCAACAUUGUUAUCGAUUAGUUUUUAACAGAGAAAGUAUUUUUAUUUUCGACGAAAGUGCUUUCACCCACUGUUUUAUUUUUAUUUUUAUUACAUUUAUUUUAUUUUAUUUUUUGACAGAUGUUUAUACAUACCUAAAUACCUAAUACACAUGCAUUUACUUUCUAUGUA